AUAACCUGUCAAUACAGGAUACAAGGCGAGUAACUUGGUCUUCACUCUGCUCCUGUUGCAGGUCCGACACCAGCCAUGCUUCUUCCCGGGAUCCUCACUGUUAUCCUUCUCGCCGAGCUCGCGGCGUCCUCCGAUGGUAACUUCACCUUCAACGGAUUCAGCGGCGCGAACCUGACCCUCAACGGCUUCGCGGCGAUCACCUCCGAAGGCCUCCUGUGUCUGACGAACGACACGCAGCAAGUGAUCGGCCACGCUUUCUACCCCUUCCGACUCCGCUUCGGAGCUCCGUGGGUCUCUGCCCAGCCAACAUCUCGGCCUCUUCGCGGACACCGGCAGCGCCAGAGACCAUAUCGUCGCUGUGGAGCUCGACACGGUCGAGAACGUGGAGUUUAAGGACAUCAACAACAACCAUGUCGGGAUCGAUGUUAACAGCUUGGUAUCGGUGAACUCGACGCCGGCGGCUUACUUUGACACCAAGGAAGGCGUGGUCAAGGGGCUCCAGCUGAUCAGUGGAGAGCCGAUGCAGGUUUGGGUUGAUUACAGUGGCGAGGACAUGCGAUUCGAUGUUGCAGUGGCUCCUCUCCGUGAAUCCAAACCCAAGGCUCCACUUGUGUCCUCGAGGUUUAAUCUCUCGUCGGUCAUCUCGGAUACGAUGUACGUGGGCUUCUCUGCGUCCACCGGUGCGGCUACCGGAUCCCAUUACAUUCUGGGAUGGAGCUUUAGCCUCGACGGAGACGCUUCACCACUUGAUCUCUCUGCUCUUCCUCGACUCCCUGGUUCGCCAAAGAAGAAAUCGGUAGUCUUGGUCAUUUCGUUGCCUGUAGCCGCAGUGCUUCUGCUGGUAGUCGCCAUGGUCAUCGUCGUCUUGUACCUCAGGAGAAGGAAGAAAUUUGCAGAGGUCCUCGAGGAUUGGGAGCAUGAAUUCGGACCUCAUAGGUUUCACUACAAGGAUCUGUACCGAGCGACCAAAGGGUUCGACGACGAGAACCUGCUUGGCGCGGGAGGCUUCGGUCGGGUUUACCGCGGCGUGCUGUCGAAAUCCAAGAUCGAGAUUGCUGUCAAGAAGAUCUCCCAUGAGUCGAAGCAGGGAAUGCGGGAGUUCAUCUCGGAGAUCGUGAGCGUGGGCCGGCUACGGCACCGGAACCUUGUGCAGCUGCUGGGAUACUGCCGGCGCCACGGCGAGCUGCUCCUGGUGUACGAUUACAUGGCAAACGGCAGCCUGGAUCGGUUCCUCUUCGACGGGAAUCAGGCACCGCUGAAUUGGUCUCAGAGGUUUCACAUCAUCAAAGGAGUGGCGGCAGGGCUCCUAUACCUGCACGAAGGAUGGGAGCAAGUAGUGAUUCAUCGAGACAUCAAGGCCGGCAACAUUCUCCUCGACAGCGAGCUCAACGGGAAGUUGGGAGACUUCGGGCUAGCGAGACUGUACGAUCACGGGACGAAUUCGCAGACCACCCACAUCGUCGGCACAUUGGGUUAUCUUGCUCCGGAGCUCAGCAGGACGGGGAAGGCCACCACACACACCGACGUGUACGCCUUCGGCGCCUUCCUGCUGGAGGUCGCCUGCGGGAAAAGGCCGCUGCAGCUGGACGCGCCAGGGCUGGUGGAUUUCGUGCUCGAGUGCUGGAAGAUGAGUACGAUACUGGAGGCGAGAGACCCGAAGAUGGGGGACGACUACGCGGCGAAGGAGAUGGAGCUGGUGCUGCAGCUUGGGUUGCUCUGCUCACACCCAGACCCCAUGUUCAGGCCGAGCAUGAAGCAGGUGGUGCAGAUCUUGGAAGGCGACGCUCCCUUGACUGUGUCACCGGACGGCAUGAUCAGCUGCCUCUCCGCGCGACAGUACGAUGAAUCGUUCGAUCAUCUCGUCUUGUCGUAUCCGUCGAGUUCGGCUGCUACGCAUGUGUUACACUCAUCGCCGUUGUUCUCUGCUACUCGCUGAUGGUUCUUGCUGAUGAAGCCUUGUAGAUUUGGUGUUUAGAUGUCCUUUUAGAAUUGGAUGGAAGAGGAUGUUCAUCUUUUGUUUCGACUUGCUGCAGUGGAUUGCCGUAGACACAGAAGCACAGUGGAAUCUGUUUCCUUCAUAGUUCAUAGCUUCCAAUUCUGAUCUA